UAUAUCUUUAUAGUAUAUUUUUUUUCAUACUAUUAGUCAUUGAAAAAAUAUGCUUUAUUUAUAAAACCGGCUGAUUGGGGAUUUGGGAAUGAUUGUGUCAAAAGUGUCAAGUAUACAUAUUUUCAAAUUCGUUUCUGCGUAUUCUCUCAGACAACAAUUUUUUAACGGCGUAGGUUCGAGAAGAUCGGCUUCAAUUAUGUCUUCAAAAAUCAAAAUUGGUACUCACAGUGGCGUAUUUCAUUGCGAUGAAGUUUUGGCCUGCUACAUGCUGAAAAAGUUGCCGCAAUAUAAAGACGCUUCGAUUGUAAGAUCACGAGAUCCCGAAAUUUUGAAAACGUGUGAUGUAGUAGUUGAUGUAGGAGGCGAAUAUGAUCCCUCUAAACAUCGAUAUGAUCAUCACAUGAGGGAGUUCAAGGAAACUGCAAGUUCAGUACUCAAUAAGCCAGGCUACGAUUGGACAAUAAAAUUAAGCAGCGCUGGUCUCAUUUAUUGUCAUUUUGGCCAGGAAAUAAUUAAACAGGUCAUUCCAGAAGUUGUCGAUCAAGCAGAGAUUGAUGCAAUUUUUAGAAAGGUCUAUGAUACUUUAAUCCAAGAAAUUGAUGGUAUUGAUAAUGGAGUUCCGAUGUUUGAAGGCGAACCUCGUUACCGAAUUCACACGAACUUGAGCUCCAGAGUGAGAAAUUUAAAUCCCCCAUGGAACAAGAAAGACGUUGAUUUGGAAGAACAAUUUCGCAAGGCUAUGAUUUUAGUUGGAACAGAGUUUGAGGAAUUUAUCCAUUAUUUUUCCCAAGUUUGGUUGCCAGCCAGAAAUCUCGUUAAGAAUGCUCUUCUAAAGCGAUUCGAGGUCGAUCCCAGUGGGGAGAUUGUAGAAUUGGAACAACCUUCUACUUGGACUGAACACAUGUUUGAAUUAGAAAAAGAAUUGAAUGUUGAUCCAGUUAUUAAAUACGUGAUUUUUAAAGAUGACUCGUAUAGGAUACAGGCAGUUCCUGUUCAAUUAGGCAGUUUUGUAUGUAGGAUGUUUUUACCAGAAGAAUGGGCUGGAUUACGAGAUGAAGACCUGGAUAAAGCCACUGGAAUCAAAGAUUGUGUUUUUGUACACUCGGUUCGUUUUAUCGGUGGGAAUAAAACCAGGGAAGGAGUCUUAGAAAUGGCACAAAAAGCCCUCAAAAUUGGAAAAUUGUCCGAGAAAUGACUGAUUUUAGCAAUAGAGGACCAGUAAACAUAAAUUUAAAUAUAAAUCUAUAUAAAAUAAAUUGAAGUUCUCAAU